AGUGGAGGUGACACCUCUGGCAGCACACUGGGCCCUGACUGUCGGCCCUGCCUGUCACAGGGCCUGCUCACAGUUCGAUAUCGGCUAUGAGGGCUUACCUGGUUUUGUCUGUGCUCUUGGGUUGGGGCUGCAUAGUUGGCCCUCGGGGGACGAAGGCACAGCAGCCAGGAACGCCACUCUCCGACCAGGAGUACCGCCAGUUCUUCAAGUUCCUCCGGAUCACUCUCCAAGCCAGCACUGCCUGCCAUCUUCGUGAGCUGUAUGGCUGCCAGAACUCUCUGGUCCAGACACUGGACAAGUACGAAAACCACGGAGUCAUCCCUCAAGGACCCGUCUGCUCCGAAAUGCCAGGAAAUCCUUUCUUCCCAAACUUCUGCACCUUUUCUUUUUAUCGCUGUAUUAAGAAAAAGUAUUUUCUUAAGAGGAUUGCAUGCCCAGGAGAGAGCAGCGCCAAGCUGCCGAACACAGCAGGCACCAACGACAUUAGCACGAGCAGCGAUGCCAUGUCAUCCAGAAACUUCGGUCCACUUCACCCCACAUCUCCCACAAGUACCCAUCCAGCUGGCUCCAGCCCUGACACGGAAGUAUCUGUGACCCCCACCUUCUCACCUGCUGGCCCACCAGCCACAGAGGCGACAGCCAGCGGCCCACAGCUGCCACACAGUGACAUCGAGGAUCUCCUCCUCAGGCUGCUAGACAGCCAGGUGCAGAGCUCGCUGCAGACAAUGAAGCUGUUGUUGUCCGUUGGGAAGGCAGUGAAGGAAGAAGAGUUGCAGGAGGCUGCUACGAGGCUGCUGGAGGCCCUGAACAAUGCAAAUGUGCCUCAGUCGCCGAACAACUGACACAGGUCAACAGUGUGGGAAAGAUGGGAAAAGCCACCUCUUCCAAGUGCGUGGGGAAACAGAGUCAUGUGAAAUGCUACUGCUCAGGAUUCAAAGAAAAAGAUGGUAUCCUCUUGGAAGUGAAUGCACUGAAAAGAUGCUGUUCUGUUCUGCAAAAACUGUUUGCUCACUAUUGUGAUGGUGUUUGUUGUGUCACUCAAGGAAUGUCAUGGGAGAAUGUUGUCUUUUCUUCAUUAAAUGCAGGUGCUUCUGCUCAAAAGCA